AUGCAGCGAUCCGCACCAUUUUUCGACCUUUCUAACUCGUUAAUCGGGGCUGGCGAUGGAGCAGCGGCGGCAGCGGGCGUGCCCAAGCGGCGUACUGUGGUGAUAUGCGCGUCAGGCUUCCACGGCGCCGCGAAGGCCGAACUGCAGGCGCAUGUGGCGGCGCUGGGCGCCUGCUAUAGGGGCGACCUCGUCCGGGGCCAUACGACACACCUGGUGUGCAGGCGCAUGCUGGACGCAUUCGGGAGCGCCAAGUACCGCAUGGCACUUGAAUGGGGGAUCCACAUCGUCUGCCACCGCUGGCUCACAGACAGCGUGCUUGCCGGCCGCGCCAUGCCCCCUGAUGACUACAAAGACGACGGCGACGAGGCCCUGGCAGCUUCCCCGCAGCCGCCACGGUUUCGCGGCUGUCAUGCAGCUGACGGCGACAUGGUGCCUUUUCGCCGAGGAACAUCGCAGCUUCCUGAAGACCAUUCUCAGCAGGAGCAGCGGCAGCAGCAGCAACAGCAAGAGCAGCAGCAGAAGCAGCAGCAGCAGCAACAAUUGCAGCAGGAUGAGGAAGAGCAGAAGCACCAGGGACAGGAGCAGGUGCACGAGCAGGACACAAGCUCUGCUGAGAGCCAAGAGCGUUUGCGCGUCCGCCCUCCUGCCAGCCUCAACGCAGACGCAAACGACUUGCCUGCUCAGAACCCUGCGGCCAGCCUAAGCCUGUCGCGGCAGCUUUGCUUCGACGCGCCUCAGACGCGGGCCAGCGAAGAAGAGGCACAUGCAGCGCGCGGCGCGCACGAAGCGGCCGCACCGGGCGGGCGGGCAGAGAUGGGCGCGUGUGCAGGUUCGCCCGCCGACAUCGAGGUUCCAGACAGCCAGCCAUUUGGCAGCAUACCCAGCGGCACAAACAGCCCCGGCAGCCCGCGCGGCGCGGCUUACGCGGCGGCCGGCGCAUUCUCGUUCGUGGGGGUCGGCAGGGGUGGGCCGCCGCCGUCUGGCGAUGGCGGAAGCCCACAGUGGGGCUGGGGCGGCUCUGGGGCGCGAGAAGUGGAGGAGGACGGCGUUGAGCAGCAGCACGGACACGGCAGGCAGGGCGGGCGGCGACAGCCGCAACACCACUUGGAUGCCGCAGCAGCUCGCAGCCCCCUGGCAGCGGCGUCGGCGGCCGCUGUGUCGGUAGCGGCGCAAGGCACCCAGCAGGGCCCGGGAUUUGACGCUUGUGUCGGCGGGGAGGGCAGCGACUGCGGCACAGAAGACCCCCCUGCAGAUGACUGGGCUGCGGAGGCCGCGGGCAGCGGAGGGGACAGCGGGGUGGAGGCAUCCCCACAUGCACACGGGGCGAACAGCGAGGCUGCGGGGGGAGACAAGGCGUGGGACGAGGUUGAGGACGGGGAGGAGGACGGGGAGGAGGUGGAGGAGGGCGGCAGCAACGAGCAAGGCCUGGUGGAGGACGGCAGCUGCGCGGGGCGGCAGGAGCGGCGCCUGGCGCGCUGCGGCUCCCCAGGGCUGGACGCGGACGGCGCGGUGCCUGAGACGCAGGCCGACCCGUCAGACUGGGGCGGCGGGCCCUGGGCGCACGGCGGGGCUUGCGGCGGGGCGGCUCUGAGCAAUCCAGCGCUGCAGUACCCGUUGAUGGGGCGGUCCGCGGCCGCCCGUGAGGGCGGCGGCGGCGGCAGCGCGGGCCGAGAGCAGCGGCGGUUGCGGGAGGUGGAGGAGGCGGAGCGGCGGCAGCGCGAGGAGGACAGGCGGCUGAGGCAGGAGGGGCCAGAGCAGCAGCAGCGGCUGCGGCAGCCCGGCGGCCGAAAGGCACCCCAAGAUGCGACCGAAGGCGUGCCACCUGCACCAGCGCAUCAGCCAGCUGCGCCCGCCGCGCCCGCUGCGCCGCCGCCCGCGCGGCAGCAGUCGUCUGACCAAAGCCCAACACAGGUGCCCCACCGCGCCCGUGUGAAGCCUGGCCGCCGCGCGGCGCAGCUGCUGGAGACUCCUGAGCACGACCUCCUGGAAGACGAGCAGGCGUUGGAUCACGACCCAGGUGCAGAUCCGGAGGGUGCAGAUCUGGAGGACUCUGAUCUCGAUGCGGAGGACCUGCGGCAGCUGGAGAGCCACCGGCUGGCGGCGCGCCGGCCGUCAGGCACAGGCCAGGGGCGGCGGCGGCUGCGGCGGGGUACCCUCGGCGGCUUGCCGCAGCAGGCGGACGGGAACGUCACCAAUGGGGCGGGCGCUCAUGGCGGCGGGCCCUGCGGCUGGCUGCAGCGGACGCCUGCCUGCAGCGGCACCACCAGCGGCGGCGGCGACGGCGGCCGUGCAGGUGGUAGCUCCCUGGAGUCCACUGCGGCCCCCCACAGCGAGUGCGCCAGCAGCGCGCCCGCCAGCAGCGCGGCGGCGGCGCCCGCGGCCUCGGACAGCGGGCUGCCCUGCGCGCGGCUGUUCCCCUCGGACGCUGACUCAGCCAGCCGCCUCAGCUGCGGCGGCUGCGACGCGGAUGAUGCGAGCACGCGCGCGCACGUCGGCCAUCGCGGCUGGGAGGGCGGCGGCUCCGCCGCACGCGCCGACCCCACUGGCGCGCCCCGGGCCGCGGCCGUGGUGGCCGCCAGCAGCGGCGGCGGCGGCGGCGCCAGGCGUCUGCAGCUGCCCGGCAGCGCGAGCAGCAAGCGCGUGGAUCCCGCGACGGUCGAGGCCGUGCGGCGGCGCCAGCUGCAGCUGCGGGAGCAGGACAAGCAGCGCAGGGCGGCCGCGGAUGCGACUGCCGCGGCCGCAGACGCGCAGCGGCGGGGGCGGGAGGCCUGCCCGGCUGGGCACGGGCCGCCCCCGGCGGGCUCGGCGCCGCCGCGCGGCCGCGGGCGCGGCGCGCCUGCUGUCGACGGCGCGGACGGGGGCGAGUGGAGUACCGAGGGGGAGGAUGAGGAGCUGCCUGAAACUGAGGAUGGGGAUGAUCUGGGCGGGGCAGACGGCGCAGCCUGGAGCCUGGGGCCGGUGGGCGCCGCGCGCGGCGCCCGCGGCACCAGCUGCAGCUCUGGCGACGCGCCGCCUGUCGUCGCUGCGCAUGCCCCGCGGCGGCAGCAGCACCGGCAGCAGCAGCAGCAGCAGCAGCAGCAGCAAGCGCCGGCGGCAUGUGUCGUCGGCGGCGCCCCCGCGCGGUCGUGCCGCGCGGGCAGCGACACCUGGGGCGAGCCGGCCGAGAGCGGCGCGACGGGCGCGACCGCCGCCGCCGCGACGGCGGGUGUGCCGGCGCUGGUCACUGUUGCGGCCGCAGACUCGGGCGAUGACGCGGGCGGCGGCGGCGGCGGCGACAGCCCGGCGUCGUGCGUGGGACCCCUCAGGGCGCCGUCUGGCGGUGGCGGCGGCGGCGGGGGCGCGCUGGAAGCCGCGCUGCAGCGCGUCAUGCGCGGCAACGAGCUGCUGCGCACGCAGACGCGCGCGCCGCCGCCGCCGCAAGCCGCGCGCGCGCCAGACGCGGCCGCUCGCGGGCGAGCAACAGCCGCGGCGGCGACGCCGGAGGCUAGCGGCGGCGGCGGCGACGCGGGGGCCGCGCUUGCGGAGAUGCCGACCUGCGGGCUCGCGCGCGGCGACGAGGCCAUGCGGCUGCAGCUCGGGGUGCAGCUCGCCCACCUCGGACGCGCCGGGGACGAGGAGGAGGCGGUCGCCCUGAAGCUGCUGCUGCGGCCGGCGCGCGGCAGCGGCGCGCGGCAGGCGCACGGGCUGCCGGCGGGCG